UUUUUUUUUAUCUUAAAAGAGAUUGACUAGCCUAAAAUUCUAUGAACAGUAAAACUCCCACAAAAACUAUCAGUUCCUGUUAGAAUGGCAGGAAGAAACUUCUACAGUUUGAUAAUGUUUUUACAUAGAUGUAGAUAGGAAAUUUAAUUUAAAAUAGUGUUGAAAAUAAUACAAGUUUAUUAAAAUUUUAUAAAGACAACAGAAUAAUAAACUAAAUAUUUUACAAAUAUAUUUACAUAAAAAUGUUGUUAAAUAAAAAAAAAUUUCAUAAGAUUUACUAUUUGCUUUGUAUCUUGAAUGUUUCAUUUACCGAUUCUGAGAAAGAUUUUAAAAAAAUAGGGAAUAUAAGAUGGGAUACGGCAUGUCCAAGAGCAUGUUCAUGUGGACUUACUCCUUUUAUUGAAUUGCCCAUUUCUAAAUGGAUACAUUUUGGACUUGGACCUGAAGAAAAAUCGUUCUCAACUAUUAUGGAUAAUGAUUCAAAUAAUAAAGUAAUUAAUGAGAAAAAAUAUGUACCAUUUACACCAGAGAGUUUCCAUUCAUUAAAAACUACAUUAUGUAUUUUUAUAAAUGUUACCAAACCAAAAGAAUUUCUCCAUUCUUUACCAAAUGACACAGAAGCAUUAAUACUUUAUCAAAGUAUAGAUUCAAGAAUCAUAACUUUGACAGGCAAUGAAUGGCAAUUACCAGCAUUAAUAGUGAUGGAUAUUCAUGGAGUAAAAAACAAAUUACAUAUAACAGAUGAAAUAUUUGAAACAUUGAAAAGCAUGAGAUAUUUAAGCCUUGAAAAUGUUUCACUUGACAAAUUAAUUUUAGAUUCUAAUCAACCAAAGCCAUCAAUGAAUUCAAAAAUGUACAAAAAUGAAAAUUUGUAUGCGUAUAAUGAAUUAGUACCACUAUUAUCAGUUGAGAAAAGUCAGAUAGAUAUCGAAAACUCUUCUAUAAUAAAAAAUACUUUGAUAUUUUUACAACCCAAGGAUGCUGAAAUAUUACCAUAUAGAAUGUACAAGAAACAACAACAAACAGAAGGUAAAACAAAUAAAAAAAUCCAUAACUCAUUUACAGUUAAAAAUAAUAUAUCAUUUCUAAGAAUAGUCAACUGCGGUUUACAUAAUAUAUCUUGGGAUCUAUUUGAUGGGUUUCAUUCUCUAGAGACACUAAUAUUGGAUCAUAAUGGAAUUGAGUUUAUACCUGACUUCACAUUCUAUGGUGCUAAAUCAUUAAAGAGUCUAUCAUUGGCUGAUAACAAGAUUAACCACAUGCAAACUACAGGAUUAGGUGGACUACUUGAUCUGAAAUAUCUAAACUUAAAAAACAAUGAAUUAACAUAUUUAUCAGAAACAACUUUUCCACCACUACCAAGACUACAGAUAGCUGACUUAAAAGGAAACCCAGUAAUAACAGUUUUUCCACAUACAUUUGAAGUAUUGAAUUCUACUAAAGAACUCACAUUAGGGUCUUCAGAAGUUCAGUUAAAUCUAGCUUCAAAUUCAUUCAUUGGUCUUGACUCAUUAGAAAAACUUUGUUUGAACAAUAUCAAUAUUAACACAUUUGAAAGGCCCUUGUUAGGCGGACUUAUUAACUUAGUUGAAUUAAAAAUUGAAGGGAUAAUAAAACACAUAGCAUUUGAUGCAUUUGUUGAAGUACCCAAUAUUAAGCAUCUAGUGCUCCGCAACUGUUCUAUAAAAUCAAUAUCCAUGGAUUCAUUUUACGGAUUGUAUAAAUUGGAACAUUUAGAUUUAUCAUACAAUCAAAUUGAAGAACUUCCUCCAGGCUUAUUUGAUCAACAAUUUUCAUUAAAAGAAAUAAUCAUGAACAACAAUAAGUUAACCAACAUACCAGAUGGAGUUUUUAAAACAAUGUCAAGAAUAAAUAUCAUAAGCUUAGAUAAUAAUCCUUUGCAUUGUUCAUGCUACAUGAAAUCUUGGGAUACAUCAUUAAUGGCCAAAAAAAUACAACAAGUCAAUAAACGAGUUUGCAAAUGGGAUCGUAAUGAAAAAGGAUACAGUUGUUCAUUUAAAAAAAUUAAAACUUAUGUUUACAGUAAAAAAUCAGAACCCAUUUGUUUUAGUCCAGAAAAAUUUAAAGGUAAAACAGUAUCUCAUGUACUCAGGAAGUAUUUAAAUUGUGAUAAAAAACCUAUAAAUAAAUACAGAAGUAGUUAUAUGAAAAAAAAAUAUAUAGAAUAUAAAGAAAAAUACUACUUAAGCCCACAAGAUACUAAUCUAGAUAAUAAUAAUACCAAUAAAAUAGAACAAAUUAACUUUGUAACAACAAACAUUAAAAAAAAUGAUGCACACAAAGAAUAUGACCACAUAGUAGAAAGUACUAGUAAGACUUCAACAGAACAAAAUUUAAAAAAUAUUAACAUAUUUGAUGAUAAAUUUAAUAAAUCAGUUCAACUAAAUAAUGGUACUUUUAUAAGUAAAGAGGAGAUUUCAAAAAAUGAACUUAAAAUCGCACCAUUUAUAUAAUUUUUAUUAAUCAUAAAAAAUGAAAAUUUUUAUUUGUAAUUUUUUUAUAAAUAGAGUAAUAUAUACUAAAAUGUUUAUGA